GCCACCGAAGAUUAUUUUAAAUGCACCUGGUGUCAGUGACGUCGUUUCUGGUGUAGUGGAAAGGUUUUUCCUCCAUUGGAAGGAAAUGUAUUACGUCAUUUUUCCGCGACAAAAGCAUCCGUCAAUAACAAAGCUACGUUGCCAGGAGCGAAACCUUGACUGCUAUCAUGAGUGGAGGGUUGGCGCCGAGUAGAAGUACAGUCUAUGUAUCCAAUUUGCCCUUUUCUUUGACAAACAGCGAUCUGCACAAGUUAUUUACCAAGUAUGGAAAAGUUGUGAAGGUGACGAUUGUGAAGGACAAGGAGAGUCGGAGAAGCAAAGGCGUGGCUUUUGUACUUUUCCUGGACAAGGAAUCGGCACACAAUUGCGCACGGGCAAUCAACAACAAACAACUGUUUGGAAGAACUGUGAAAGCCAGUAUCGCCGUUGACAACGGAAGGGCCACAGAAUUCAUCAGAAGGCGCAACUACACGGACAAAUCUAAGUGCUAUGAAUGCGGUGACACUGGCCAUCUAAGCUACGCGUGUCCUAAAAAUAUGUUGGGAGAGAGAGAGCCGCCAAAAAAGAAGGAGAAGAAGAAGAAGAAGAAGGUGGAAGAACCCGAGGCCAUCAACGAGGAGGAGAGCGAAGAUGAAGGAGAAGACCCAGCUCUCGACAGCCUGAGUCAAGCCAUCGCGUUCCAGCAAGCUCGGAUGGACGAGGAGCGCGCGCGCAAGGCGGAGGCGGCAGCGGCUGCGGCGGCAGCGGAGGAGGCGGCAGAUCGCCCGUCCACGUCGGACGAGUCCAGGAAGCCGCGGAUCAAGAAGAGCGCCUACUUCAGCGAUGAGGAGGAGCUCAGCGACUGAGGGGUCUGCGUUGGCGCGCGCGGGAAAUCCAGAAACGCACGGGUGGUUUACAACGAGCUGCAUUUUGUAUAGAAUUAACCCUGAACAUAUAUAUAUUUUAAGUAUGUAUCUUGUGUCCCCUCAGCAAUGGGGAAUUGAACCAGAGAGAGGCUUUGGAACUAAGUUCGAUUUUUUUAUUUUAUUUGCACUGUGUAAAUACUAUGGGUACUUUGUGGGUACUGGUCAAGGGUACAUUUUGUAAUAAAAAUGUUAAAUUCA